AUGGCUGCAUUAAUCCGGUGUUCACAGAUGGACAAAGCCACCUUACUUGCUGAAGUCAUAAACCAAGUGAAAGUGCUGAAUGAAAUGGAAGCCAGCAAGGUUUAUCUCAUCCCAAUGGAUGACGAUGAAGUGAAGGUUGAACCGCAUAGUGACGCAGCAGUAGAAGGAACGUUCUUGUUCAAGGCAUCGAUCUGUUGCGACUACCGCCUCGAACUUGUGUCUGAUGUAAAACAAGCUCUCGAUACUCUCCCACUGAAGAUAGUAAACGUGGAAAUAUCAACACUCGGAGGUCGGUUGAAGAAUCUUUUUGUUUUCAGCAGUUGCAAACAAGGGAAUAUUGAUAAUGGUGUGGCGUCCCAGCUUCUUGCAAAUGCUGUUCAUCAGGCCCUGAGUUCCAUCCUGGAUAGAGCAUUCUCCAUCGCCGGAAUACUCACCACGAACAACACUGCCGAACAAGAGGCAGAGGAUCCCUUUUUUCGAUUCCUGGAGCUCAUCUUCUUGAGAGCUUGGAUCUUGCUGGGCUAGUUAUGUAGAUAUACGUUGCUGCAACUUCAGUACUGCAUCACUUGGAAUAUUGAUGACAAAGUUGUUAUGCAAA